CCAAACAAUCGGUAAUAUGGCGGCCAGUGCGCUUUCAGAUUAUUUUGCGAAUAAAUUUUUAUUAAAAGCCGCCAAGAUCUAGCAUUUUAUAGGGCAAUGCUUUUUAGCAAUGUCUUUUAUCGGAGACGGAGAUCACAAAAAAUUAUCCGUUCCCGGAGCUGUACCACAGUUGUUGGACGAAUCAUUAGCCAAGGCUUAUUGGACCGAACUUCCUGACAAUCUUCUUCUAGACAUUUUUUCUUUCCUUUCUCCUAAAGAAGCCUUAAAUGCCGGUCAAGUAUGCCGCAACUGGUAUCGGCUGUCCAAGGACGAGAUGCUUUGGAAAUCACUGCUCCAAGAAACUUUAUUUCCAGACCGCACCAAGAAGAUCAAACUGAAACUUCCUAAGUCGGCGUCCUCUUGGUUAAAGGAAUUUCAAAGAAUCCACUAUAAAACGCCUUUCGUGGAAAGUCAGAUACUUGAAGAACACACUGAUGAAGUCCUUCAUGUAACCUUUUCUCAUAAUGGUCAGUUGUUAGCUUCAAGUUCCAAAGACUGUAGUGUAAUACUAUGGCGCGUUUCCAGUUGUACAUGUGUCAGUAUGGCGCAAAAGAUUAAUUUUCAGGAGCGUAAUUGGGAAUAUGUUCAGUUCUGCGAGUUCAAUGCAAGCGAUACAUUACUUCUUGUAUCAGGAGUCAAUAAGUUACGGCGUUUAAGCUAUACAGGUAAGGGUUGUUUUUAUUGAAAUUCCAAACAAUGUAUGCUUUCGUUUUUAUAUUUUUUUCCUAUGAUGGCUUGUUGCAUAGGAAACCAUUUUUUUCCUAACCCCCUCUUCCUUGCUAUACUAGAAAGAUCAUGUGAUGAAUGCAUGUAAACUCUACCCCUUCAGAUUCAACCCACAAAAAAUUUAACAUGUUGGUUUUUCGGUCAAUGAAGGGACAGUUGUACUAUUUUAUACCUGUACUCAGAUAAGAAGGAAAAUAAAGAUUUAUUUGUUCUGUACUAUAAGAUACUAAACCUACAUGUACAUGUAUGAACUUCUCACUGGUUAUUUUGAUACCCUUUUGAUGCCCCAAAAGUAAGCUCUCUAAGAGAAUAGACGGCUUGAUUAAGUUAAUUGUAGGCUAAGUGUCUGUAACCUACAUCCUGCGUAGUCAAGGACUUGACUUGAGUCAAGGACUUGAUUUUACAUCUUCUUUAGUUCUGAGAAUUUUAUCUUGAAUCAAAAAAUGUUCCCAAGUUGAUAUAUUAUGCAUCAUUUUUUCUGCUUGACAACGUAAUUACAUGUAUGUUGUUAGGAAAAAUUCCCUUUUAUUUCUGUCCUUACUGGGAGUAAGAUGGAUGGUAGGUUUAACCCUUUAACUCCAAUACACAAUUAAUAUGCAACUUCUCCCUAUGUUAUAAAUACAUUACUGAACAGCAAACACUGGUAAUGAUCUGCCACCAAAUUCUCUUACUGAUUUACAAGGAAAUGUGUAGCAGUUAGAGGGGAGAAUUAACAAUGUGAUCCUGAUGGCGAAAGGGUUUACCAAGGUAAUCAUUUUGUAUCAGAGAUUGGGAAAUUUUCCAUCAGCUACAGGUUGUGUACAUGUUGUGUACAUAAACACUGUUCACAGAAUUCAAGAGUACAUUUUGAUGCUCUGAACUUUUUGAGAUUCACUCCCAUGAUCUAAUUAUCUAUUCUCUGUACUGUUUUUUCACACAUUUCUCAUUAUUAUGGCUUUGAGAAUUUGAUGCUUUAUCAAACUCCAGCCAAUAAUCAAUUUUCUCCUCGCUCCUUGUCACCUAUCUGCUUAAAAAUGUAUUGAUAUUGAAGGAAGAAAUUCCUCUUUAGUACCCUCUGCUACUACAUUUCUUAAUUUCAAUAUAAACCCACAUGAGGCUGCCUUAUAGUAUGUAUUCUCUUGCAGUGUUACUGAGAGAGUAAAGUGCCUUGCAAAGAGUCUGCAAUCUCAGUUUUUAUAGGUAAUAAUUACCAUAAUUCUGUUUUAUUCUUGUAGGUGAAAUUUUCAUUUGUGAAGUACAGAACUUUUCUGUGAUUGCUAUAGUGCAUGGUAUAAACAAUGAACCGUAUGAUGUGUUUGGAGCGUGGCUUACAGAAAGGUGUUACAUCUCAGGGACAUUUGAAUUUAUGGAACCUGAAAAUGAUGGGUCAUCAAUCUCCGAGCUUUGGGCAAAUUAUGUGGAUGAAUCAACAGAAAAUCAAAGGAACCUAGCUCAAAUUUUGAAUCACAAUUCAAGCUCUGUGAGGACUGUUCUAGUGGCUCACCCAAAUGCUAAUGCUCUGCCACACACAUAUGCUUCUGCAGCAAAGAAGAAAGAUGAGGAUGUCUGCCUGAUAUUUACACAUGGAACUGUUACCUAUGUCCCUCAUCAGAUAGUUUUUAAGUGGCUGAAAUUACCAAAGGGCAGUACAAAAAUAUUUGAGCAGGGUAAAGGAAUUUCUUCUGAGGGGUAUGAGCCUUUUACCAGGAAAGAGCACUACAUUGAAACAAAUGCACAUAUAAUUGGAAUGAGCCUAUCACCAGACCAUCAGUAUCUGUACGUGAAUUGUCGCAUGUGGGAGCAGCCAGCUGGCAAUGUUGUCGACGACGCAGCCCAAUUUCCUCCAGAAAUUUCCAAUGAUAUUACCUUGCAGGUGUACAGCUUGUCCACAUAUAAACUUGUUGAUGUCCACAGUGGCCAUAAAGCAUUCACUGCAAAUAAUGGCUGUUUCUUUAUUUUUUUGAAUGUUGCAGACCAGUUGGUUGCAAGGUAAGUUAAAGAAUCUAAAAUAUAGAUCAAUUAAGAAUUGCAAGAUUAGAACAAACCCAAGUGUCCUUUGAGUUUAAGAUCAUCUGACACAACAUACGUAUGCCACUAAGCAACAGAGAAUUCAUUCUUGUUGGAAUAAUUAAAGGUAAAAUGUAGAUGUUGCUGAUAAAGGGGUUUCACUGGCAACACAAUAAAACAUACGCCUUUAAUGAGCUUAACCAAUAAUGUAUUACCUUCACCAUAAUUUGCAUGGCUUGCUAGCUACUCAUGUGAUAAACAAAGGAUGUCGCACAGUAGGCUGUACUGACAACAUACACCUGUAGACUCAAAAACUUAAUACACAGCACCAUACUUUUCAACAACAUCCUUUCAUUUCAAAACUUUAACAGCAUAAUACCACAAACCUACCAUGAUCUGGCAUAAGAGAAAGAUUAUUAUGCAUAAACAUGGUCAUAAAGUAAUUAGUGUGGUGCAAGGAAAGAACUCAAACUCCUAUAUGGAGGUCUUCAAAUUUUACUUCAAUUCUUGAAUUUGAAUGUGAAAGACAAUAAACACUAGGAAGGGGAGGGAGGGGGUGGGAAUGGAUCAAUUUUGGCUGGAUCCCUGUCUGACCUCUCAGAAUCCAUACCUCAUGAGAGUCUGUUCUGUGGCCAAUCAUAGACCCCAUCUUGUCACUUGUUGUCUAUGCAUCUAUCUUACAAAGCAUUUUAAGUGGGUCAUUAUAAAAUGAAUUGACACAUUCUGUUAAACUUUACUUUUCACUUACAACAAAAAUGUUCUGGUAUGUUUGUCUACUAUGAAUAUUUAAAAACAUUACAUUUUAAAAUCCUUUCUCACCAGAAUUUUCCUUCUCCAAAAUCCUGAAAAUAAUAGACCCCAUCCAAGCAACUCUCUUGAAAAUGUAACUCCCUGGUAGUCGAUCCAGUGGCAAAAAUGCAACCCCAUCCUGCGGCACAUCCUCAUUGGCCUAUUACUGGGAAGUACACCCCCUCCCCCCUGAUAUAGAGAUCACCUAAGUUUUAUUACUCUUUAUUUUAUAGUGGAGCAGAGGACCAUUGUGCUCAUGUGUGGGACAGACAUUUUGGAGCCAAGCUGGCCACUCUGAAGGGACAUACUAAUGUGGUGAACUGUGUUGCAUUUAACCCAGUUAAUCAAGAAAUGGUGGUCAGUGCAAGUGAUGACCACACAAUCCGAGUAUGGAAGUCACGACAUUUGUCUAAGUUGUAUGAGGAAGCAGAUCUGGAAGAGCAAAGUGUAGAGGUCAGCCCUUUCUAUGAAGACAUUUUCCGAGAGACAGUUCUUUGAGCAGGAUAAAUUCACACUGAAAAACAUUCAAACCAUUACCUAGAUCAACAAGCUUUUAUUUCUUUUGGCAACGUAUAAUCACAAGCUGAGGUUUUUUUUAGCCAUUGAUCUGCACCUAAAGCAUGAGCAUUGGACAUUCUUAAGGCAAUAGUAAAUAAAAAAAAGUGCCUGAAGAGCCUUUUAACAUUUUCUAGGUUACAUGGGAUACAAGAGGGGAAAAAUUGUUGAGAAAACACUGAAAAAACGAGAAAUACUUUAUAAAGAUACUUUAAAGAACACAAUUUUUUCCAGGCAGAGAAAUGCUCGCUAAGAUUUAUGAUAACCCAUCAGCUCUCUUCACAGAAUGUGAAAUGUUUUUUGUCUUUCUUGUUUUCAAAUUGAUUACAUUUUAUUGAAGGAAUAAAAGUGCUGAUAAUGAGAAUGCAAGUUAUUAAUUAAAUAAACCUGUAGGAUUCAAGUGACAUUUAUAUUUAUACGCCUGUUUGCUUUUAAGAAUGAAAAUAAAUAGUUGGUAAACAGUAGGUAAAACAUUGCGAGUUUGAUGCAUCUAGAGGUGUCAUUGCCAAAU